GUCUUCGUCUUCUUCGAAGACCUAAACGUAAAAAGAGAGAGACUCUGCCUCUCUUUCUCACUCACCUCUUUCCGUCUGCAUCCUUCAAGCUCGAUUUUCGCCAUUAAUGGCGGAAUCCGAAGCUUCCGCCAAGGGGUCGACGACUCUCAGGAACGCUUGGGGGAGCGUCCUCGCCUUCUUCAUCCUUCUAUUGAUCGGAGUCCUCGCCUUCUCGAUCCGUCUCUUCUCUGUUAUAAAGUACGAGAGUGUGAUUCACGAGUUCGAUCCUUACUUCAAUUACAGAGUGACUCAGUUCCUUACGAAGAAUGGAAUAUACGACUUCUGGAACUGGUUUGACGAUCGAACAUGGUAUCCUCUUGGUCGCGUGAUUGGUGGAACUGUUUAUCCUGGAUUGACAUUGACAGCGGGUUCCAUAUGGUGGGCAUUGAAUUCUUUGAACAUUCCCCUAUCUGUGGAAACUGUUUGUGUAUUUACGGCUCCAAUAUUCUCAGCUAAUGCGGCUUGGGCGACAUACUUUCUGACAAAGGAAGUCAAGGGUGUAGGAGCUGGAUUGACUGCAGCAGCUCUUUUAGGAAUGGUGCCAUCCUAUAUAUCACGAUCUGUGGCUGGUAGCUAUGACAAUGAAGCUGUAGCAAUAUUCGCUCUGAUCUUCACUUUUUAUUUAUACAUAAAGACAUUGAACACAGGAUCCCUCUUCUAUGCAACUUUAAAUGCUCUUGCAUACUUUUACAUGGUUUGCUCUUGGGGAGGUUAUACCUUCAUUAUUAAUCUUAUCCCAAUGCACGUGCUUCUGUGCAUUGUAACUGGUCGCUACUCUUCUCGGCUGUACAUUGCUUAUGCUCCCCUCGUUGUCUUGGGAACUUUGCUGGCUUCGCUGGUGCCUGUUGUGGGUUUUAAUGCAGUGAUGACUUCAGAGCAUUUUGCAUCAUUUUUGGUUUUCAUUAUUAUCCAUGUGGUAGCCCUUGUGUACUACAUCAAAGGAAUUCUCUCACCAACGAUGUUUAAAGUGGCUAUGACUCUUGUUGUGACUGUUGGCUUGGCAGUCUGUUGUGCAGUGAUAGCGGUGCUUGUAGCAUUGGUUGCUUCGAGCCCAACAAAGGGAUGGAGUGGGCGCAGUUUGUCUCUUCUUGACCCAACAUACGCUAGCAAGUACAUUCCAAUUAUUGCUAGUGUUAGUGAACAUCAGCCACCAACCUGGCCAUCUUAUUUUAUGGACAUCAAUGUUUUGGCAUUCUUGGUUCCAGCUGGCAUCAUUGCAUGCUUUCUACCCCUAUCUGAUGCAAGCUCCUUUGUGGUCCUGUAUAUCACAACAUCCGUGUAUUUUUCUGGUGUCAUGGUGCGCCUAAUGCUUGUAUUAGCUCCAGCAGCAUGCAUUAUGUCAGGGAUUGCUCUUUCAGAAGCCUUUGAUGUUUUCACACGAUCUGUCAAAUUUCAACUGCCUGGAUUGCUAGACAACCUCGCUUCUGGUGCAGGGGAAAGUGCUACUGGAAAUGGUGUACCUCAAAAUGAUGUAGCAAAGGCUGACAAACGCUCAGCUGGUGAUAAAACUGAAGAUAUUUCCAAGGAAAGGCCGUCGAGAAAGAACAGGAAGAAGGAAAAGGAAAAUAUAGAAAAGGUUCCUAUUAAGUCUAAAAAGGAGAAGAAGCUUCUGGUUUUGCCUUUGGAGGCUUCUGUCGUUUCUAUUCUUCUACUGGUCAUGUUGGGUGCUUUUUAUGUGGUUCAUUGUGUCUGGGCAGCAGCAGAAGCUUAUUCAGCACCAUCUAUUGUUUUGUCAUCUUACUCGCAUGAUGGGUUGCAUGUUUUUGAUGAUUUCCGAGAAGCUUAUGCCUGGCUGAGCCAUAAUACUGAGGUGGAUGAUAAGGUUGCAUCUUGGUGGGACUACGGCUACCAAACAACUGCAAUGGCCAACCGUACUGUUAUAGUUGAUAAUAAUACAUGGAAUAACACACAUAUUGCAACUGUUGGCACAGCCAUGUCUUCUACAGAGAAGCCAGCCUGGGAGAUUUUCAACUCCUUGGAUGUAAAAUAUGUUCUUGUUGUUUUUGGAGGUCUUGUUGGCUACCCAAGUGAUGAUAUCAAUAAGUUCUUGUGGAUGGUUCGCAUUGGAGGGGGUGUCUUUCCUCACAUUAAGGAACCAGAUUACCUUAAGGAUGGUCAGUACCGUAUAGAUUCUCAAGCCACACCAACAAUGCUGAAUUGCCUCAUGUACAAGCUCUCGUAUUACAGAUUCGUGGAGACGGAUGGUAAGGGCUUUGAUAGAGUAAGGAGGACAGAAAUUGGAAAGAAGCAUUUCAAGUUGACCCAUUUUGAGGAGGUUUUUACAACACAUCACUGGAUGGUGCGUAUUUAUAAGUUGAAACCUCCAAAGAAUAGGAUCCGAGGAAAGACAAAGAAACCAAAAUCGGGUUCAAAAACAAGUUCACCGACCAGUCGAAAGGGAGGUGGAAAGAGGAAAAACCCAUGGCAUUGAAAUAUAUGCAUAACACAAGUUUCCUAGGGUAAGUCAAUUUUCAUUCGAUAUAUGUGCAUGAGUCCCUAGCCCUGUAGGGGGCUGCACUGGCGAAAUUUGCCCCUUUCGCCCUUAACAAAUAUGAAUGCCUGAUUAGAGGUUUUGCACCCUCUUCCUUUCAUCUUGUAUCUCUCUUUUUUUCUUUUUCUUUUUUUCUUUUCCCCUGAUUAUCAUAGUAUUCAAGGAAGAGAUAGUUUUAUGAAACCAUUUGAACGGCUUAGAGAAGAAAGCAAUGGAGAAAUUUGAGAACAGGCCAAUAUAGCAUUUGCUAUUCUGGCUUUUGAGAAAA